AUGAUGAUGGCAUGUCGAAACUGGGGAUUUUGUGACAUAAAUAUCAGUAAAACAUUUGAUCUAAACAAACUCGAAUCGAUACAGAAACUUGGAUAUAAUACUAUUGCUAUAAAUUCGCAUGUAGCUGAACAAAGUGAAGAGCCAAAAAAGAAAAAGCGAAAAGGUGACAAUAAAGACAAAAAAGAUUUAAUACCAGAUCCAAUUGAUAUUCCAAAAGAAGUCACCAAUAGUGUGAAACUUAAUAUAUUACAGCGAGUAACAAUAGAAUUUUCAGAUUCAAGUGUAGCGCACAAGUUAAAUCAAUCUGAGAGUCUAAAAAAAUAUGAUAUAAUUGCUGUAAUCCCAAAAACCUUGCAAGCUUUCCAAUAUGCAUGUGGUACUAUGGAUAUUGACCUAAUAACAUUUGAACCUGAGAACAGAAUACCAUUUAAAGUUAACAGAAAAUUGUACAGGCAAGCUAUAGAGCGUGGGAUAUUCUUUGAAAUCAUGUACUCACCUGCAAUCCGAGAUUCUACAUCUAGAAAGAAUAUAAUUAGUACAGCUCAUACAUACCAUGCUGUAGGAAAAUCUAAGAACAUUGUAGUAACUAGUGGUGCUGAAAAUAAUUUACAUAUUAGAGGCGUACAUGAUGUCAUUAAUUUAGGUUUCAUAUUAGGCCUGAAUAAUAAUGAAAGCUUAGAAGUUGUAAGGACAAAUGCAAGAAAACUCAUACUAAAAGCGGAAGGUAGAAGAUGUGGGAAACACUAUGUAAAAGUUACAGCUUUAGAUGAAUCCAACGAAACAAAAGCUUAA